CUGGGCGGACGGUCCUGCAGUUGGAUGGCGGCCGAGCGCGGGCGGUGGGUCGCUCGUGAGUAAGUCGCGAGCCAGCGAGGAUUAGCGGUGCGCGCGCCGAGGCUCAGCCUGACGCGACUGGUGGCUGACGAGGAUGAAUUCUCUUCGGCUUUGUGUAGCGUCGGUGAUGGCCGCUCUGGCCUUUUCUGAGACGCUGGAGGUAAAACAAGGAGAGGAGCUGGACGUGCCGUGCCCUGAAUCAGGGACGGUUGAGUUCUGGAUCCAUCCGUCUGGAAGGCAGCUGGCCGUUCCCCCGGUGGACAAGAGUUACGUCGCCAACGAGACCAACCUGGUAAUACAGAGUGCGACUGAGGCGGACGGCGGCCGCUUCGCCUGCAUCAGCCGGGCCGGGCAGCGGGUCAGCUACGGCUCCGUCCAGGUGGUCGUCAAGCCGUCCGGUCCGCGCUACUGGCAGAACGACGCGACGAACGUUGGCCUGGCCUUUUUGGCAGCCAUCCUCUUCAUACUGGCCUGUGCUGGCAUCUUCCUCGUGCACCAGUGCCGGUACGAGCGGAGGCACAAGUCCGACGGUGUCAUGAACGGAGACGGCGUCCAUGGGGCCCACUCCAACCCAGCCCUGGACGUGGAGGCCGAGACGCACAUGUGAUACCAGACAGUUCCACGGACGCAUCGCGCCCGCAUGUCAGACGUGCGCAGCAGGGUCCAGCGUGACCCGGGCCGACCCUGGCUGCCGAGGGAGAAACAUCGGUGAUGGCGCCAGUGAUCACGCGGAGCUGGUGAUUGCCGUGGUGUCCGCUGAUACCGGUGAUGCCGGUGAUACCCGCCCCGCACUCUGCGGGUGACAGCCUGCCUGCUGCGCCGCCUCAAGUGCGUGGCGUCUUACCCACCGCCGGAGGAAGUCGGCGCGGCGCGCUCCAGCGCUGUCACGUGACCUGGCGGUCUGCCAGCUGCCCAGCCGGCCCUCACGCUGAGUCGGUGUCGGGAAGCCGCUGACGAACCCGCCCCCGCUGGGCCGCCCGUGCCGUCGCUGUGAGGUUGUCAAGAGCGGUCCGAUGCUCUCAAACGGAUAUGUCGUGUGUGCAAGAGCCGGAUUGUUGGUCGUCUGCACCUGCAACCUCCGACAGCAGCGCUCCCCCUGUAUGGUUGCAACAUGUACAAUACGCCCGAUGUCACGUGCUAUUCACCGCGCUGCAGAGAAGGCACGACCGCUGAAUGUUUUCGAUGGUCGAGUCUAGUUUCAGGCAGAGCACGAACUUGUUAGCCGCUGACAAUAUUAUGGACGCGACAAAGACGCACAUUGCUUAGCCCACAUGUGCGCAAGUUAAUCAGAAUUAAUAUGCAGCGUGUGUAUAUCAGUUCGCGCCUGGGUGUUCCUUGGCGUUACAGUUAUGUACAGCCGUAUGGCACUGCUUUCCCAUGUUAAAGGGAGUGCUCCACAUUCGCAUGGGGUUUCUAACUGAAAGUCCACAUUGAAGAUGAUCCGGCACAGUUCGGAGCCCUGCCAUUCCUAAGACCUAAACCCUUCUAGUUUUUUAAACCCUUCUAGCUACACACCCUCCGAGAUGUGCGGACAAUUUUGGGAGACUAAUUAAAGAUCGCCCAGGCAUCCAUGAUGUCAUAACAACGUCAUUUAAAUCCUGCCAUUCCACUGGCAAAUCCUGCCAUUCCACCGCGAUCAAGGCCAGUAAAGAUGUCAUUGUCGAGUCGCUCACAUCUGGUGUUCAUGAGCACGAUUUCCAGAUAUACCGGCCGUCAAUUUAUUCUCAAUCAAUGUUGUACAAAGCACUGUGACGUAAUCAAACACUGACGCAUUGGAAGUAUGUUUACUAAACAGACAAAUUGUCUUGUCUAGAGCAUCAUUUUCAUUUUAAAGUAUAUCAAUAGUCAUAUAUGAGCUUAUUUCGUUAUAUCUGAAUGAUUGUGCUUCAACAUCUUCAAAUGUGGAGCAUCCCCUUUAACCCGAAGCAAUAAAGUGCUCCCUUAAAAAGUAGCCAUCGUUGGAGAACUACACAUCAACGUCACGUUCCGUCAACAAUGACUAUUUGAACGCAUUCGGAAUGAUUGUGAAGCCAGCCCGUGUGUUCUGCUGCCUGCUCCAGCCUGCCCGCCCGCUCCUCCCUCUGGACACACCCCUGUGCGCGGCAGCGCGCGCGGGCGCCUGCGAGGGGCCGAGGGGAGCCGGUCCAAGCAACGAUCAGAGGAUAGCGACCAGCCACGCGUGUGUUUGUGCAGCUCAGGAAUUAAAAAGGUCGUAUAGCAUGUGUCAACGUUUCGAACAAUUUAGGUAUAUUGCAGGCCCAGCUUCAGCGGGUUCCGCGGCUUUGUCUAAGCCGUAGGUCUUGUCGCCUGGCAACACCUAUUUGCGAUGUGAAUACGAGUACAAUACAUCAUGGCCUGACCACGUG